AUGGCGGCAGCGACUCCCAUCCGGGCUUGGUGCCGCUGCCGGGGGCCGGCUACCUGGCCGCGCUGCUCGACACAGGGCCACGGCAGCCGGUCGUUCUUCCAGCUGGCCGCCGCCGCGCUCGGCCAAACCCAUACAGCCCACGCCGCUCACACGCUCACGACUGCGCGCACGCUGCCGUUUGCCGCCGGUGAUCUCUUCCGCCUCAUUGCCGACGUCGACGCCUAUGCUGCCUUCCUGCCGCACUGCACGCAGAGCCGGGUGACGCGGUGGAGGUCGGGGGGCGAGGACGCGACAACGUCAUGGCCCGCUCGUGCUGAUCUCACCGUCGGCUGGGGCCCCCUCGCCCAGACGUAUUCGUCGCACGUCUACUGCCUUCCCGGCCGCGGCAUCGUCGAGGCCGUGUCGGGAUCACGCGGCAGGCCUACGCUGACGCAAGACGAGCGCGCUGAGAUCGGACUGCAGGAGAGGCAGGAGGCCGACGAGGCCAAAGUGGCGCCCAAUCCCGCUCACUCCUCCCAGGAUGACCCGUUUGAGAGCCUCGUCACCCGCUGGACCGUCGUUCCGCUCGCCAGUGCCGAAUCACAGUCACAAUCACAGUCACAGUCACAGUCACAGCUACAAUCACAGCCGUUGCCGCCCGCUGCGGCUGCCGUGUCGUCCUGGAGCCGCGUGGAGCUCCGUAUCCGCUUCCAGUUCCGCAACCCGCUCUACCAGCUUGCCGCCGCUCAGGUCGGCGAUGAGAUGGCCACCAAGAUGAUCGCCGCGUUUGAAGACCGCGCAAGAGCCGUCCUGGACUCCCGGCAGACCAAGCUGUGA